GAGAGACAGCUGACUGAGGGUCCGAGCUGCUCUGAGUCUGGUGCUGCAGGAGCUGCAGGACUUUAGAGCAGGAGACCAGCGACGAGGAAACAUGCCAACCAAAAUGCUGACCACCAACUACCUGCCUUGCUGCACCGUCAUCCUAUCAGUGCUAUUAAAGCUGACCCUUGCCCAGUAUGAGCACCUGGGCUACCCGCCGGGCUACCCGGACCCAGAGCAGGAACAGUACUCAGCCCCUCAGCUGUCACCAGACACACCCAGGAUCCAGCUCCGAUUAGCUGGAGAUAAGAGGAAGCACAACGAGGGCCGCGUUGAGGUUUUCUACAACGCCGAGUGGGGAACUGUGUGUGAUGACGACUUCACUAUCCACUCCGCUCAGGUGGUGUGUCGGGAGCUGGGCUACCUGGAAGCCAUCUCAUGGUCUCCUUCCUCGAAAUAUGGGAAAGGACAAGGACCCAUCUGGUUCGACAAUCUCCACUGCACCGGCAAAGAAAGGACCUUGUCGCUGUGUCCGUCCAACGGGAUCGGUGUUUCAGACUGCAAGCACAGCGAAGAUGUAGGUGUGGUGUGCAGCGACAAGAGGAUUCCAGGAUUUAAAUUUGUCAACACCUUGCCCAACCAUGUGGAGAACCUUGAUAUUCAAGUAGAGGAUGCCCGCAUACGACCGAUCCUGUCGUCGUACCGCAAGCGUAUCCCUGUAACAGAAGGCUACGUGGAGGUGAAGGAUGGCGGCAAAUGGAAGCAGAUCUGUAACAAUGAGUGGACCCAGUUUAACAGCAGAGUCAUCUGUGGCAUGUUUGGCUUCCCCGGGGAGAGGAAGUACAACGCCAGAGUUUACAAAAUGUUUGCUCGCAGGAGAAAACCCACAUACUGGGACUUUGCGGUCAACUGCACUGGCAACGAAGCCCAUUUGUCCAACUGUAAACUGGGCCGGGCUACGACGCUGAAGUCCAACGACUCCUGUGCGGAUGGGUUGCCUGUGGUGGUGAGCUGCGUGCCCGGCAGAGCCUUCGCACCGGCGUCCAUGACGGGAUUCAGGAAGGCCUUCAAACAAGAGCAAGUGCUGGUUCGUCUUCGUGGUGGGGCCAUCGUAGGCGAGGGCCGCGUGGAGGUGUUGAAAAACGAAGAGUGGGGCACCAUAUGUGAUGAUAACUGGAACCUGCUGUCUGCCACCGUGGUGUGUCGAGAGCUGGGCUUCGGUACGGCCAAGGAGGCUCUGUCUGGAGGCCGCCUGGGACAAGGCAUGGGCCCGGUGCACAUGAACGAGGUGGUGUGCUCAGGGUUUGAGAAAUCCAUCACAGAGUGUUUCUUCAACAAGGAGGCUCUGGGCUGCAGCCACGAGGAGGAUGCAGCCGUCAGAUGUAACAUCCCUGCUAUGGGCUUCCAGGAGCAGCUGCGUCUGAGCGGAGGUCGUAACCCCUAUGAGGGCCGUGUGGAGGUGAUGGUGGAGAGAAACGGCUCUCUGGUGUGGGGGACUGUGUGCAGUGAAGGCUGGGGAACCAUGGAGGCCAUGGUGGUGUGCAGACAGCUGGGCCUGGGUUUCGCCAGCAACGCUUUCCAGGAGACGUGGUAUUGGCCGGGGGAGGUGAGUGCAGACGCUGUGGCGAUGAGUGGCGUUCGCUGCUCCGGCACCGAGAUGUCUCUGUCCCAGUGCCUGCACCACGGACCCCACCUCAGCUGCCCGAAAGGAGGGGGACGCAAUGCUGCCGGAGUCUCCUGUUCUGAAACGGCUCCUGACCUGGUGUUGAACCCUCAGGUGGUGGAGCAGACCACCUACAUGGAGGACAGGCCCAUGUUCAUGCUUCAGUGCGCGUAUGAGGAGAACUGCCUGGCCUCCGUCUCCAGCACGGCCCCGGCCAACUCCUACCGCCGCCUGCUGCGCUUCUCCUCCCAGAUCCACAAUAACGGCCAGUCGGACUUCAGGCCCAAAGCCAACAGAAACUCCUGGGUGUGGCACGACUGUCACAGGCAUUAUCACAGCAUGGAGGUGUUUACACUCUACGACCUGUUCAGCCUCAAUGGAACCAAAGUGGCUGAAGGACACAAAGCAAGUUUUUGCCUGGAGGACUCGGAGUGUGAUGAAGGGAUUGAAAAGAGGUACGAAUGUGCUAACUUUGGCGAGCAGGGCAUCACUGUGGGCUGCUGGGACACCUACAGGCACGAUAUCGACUGCCAGUGGAUCGACAUAACUGACAUCAAACCUGGAGAUUACAUUUUCCAGAUAGUAAUCAAUCCAAACUAUGAAGUGCCAGAGUCAGACUACAGCAAUAACAUCAUGAAAUGCAGAUGUCGAUAUGACGGCCACCGUGUGUGGAUGUACAGCUGCCACAACGGUGGCUCAUUAAGCACUGAAACAGAACAGACGUUCCCAGGCCUCCUCAAUAACCAGGUGACCCACAGGUAAAGACAAACCAGAGGAAAGGAGGUGACCGGCCGUUCCCUCCAGCAAGGGAAACCACGUGAAGCCAGCAAACACUCUGCAUCUCCAUCAGCGGUGGCUCCCUCCUGCUCGCCCUGUCCUGCUCCAAUCAUCUUUUCCCUUCAUCCUCGUGGCAGCAGCUUUCUUUGGCCCUCCACCCUUUAUUUUUUCUACCAGUAGAAAGAAUAUUUGAUUCCCCCUGCUGUCAAAACAAAGGCAGGUGCAACCACGCUAACACUUCCACCCUCCCUGGUUAACUUCAAGAAGCUCUCUAUGUACCCUGUGUUGUUAUUUUUGGAAUGAGCGAUUGAAAUAAACCUGCUGGGAAGUGGCAGCUAUUUAAGUGCAGCACUGACGUGCAGCAGUUUCUUUGUUCAGAGAUCACCUUGGAGAGUUUGGAUGUCUGUGUCAUGUUGCCUGAGAGGGAUCAUCGAUAACAACAGCGUAGGAAAUAAAUGCAGUUUUCUUCCACUUUUCAACAGUGCCUUGUACACUCUGAUGUCAAUAUACAGUGAGGUUAUGUUUCACAGGCAAAAUGAGUGUUUCCUCUGCAUGUCAGUUACUAAGAUAAAGGGCACAAUUUUACAUUUUGUCUGUGCAUAUUAAACUGAGGCAAAUGUAAGUCCUGAAAUAAGCUAAUAGCCCCGCUCAUCACCAGCUGCAAGUGCUGCCUUUUCCAGCUGUAAGAGCAAGGCUAAAAUGUUAAAGGUUUAGUGUGUAGAAUUUAGUGACAUCUGCUGGUGAAUUUGCAUGUUGCAGCUGAAUACCCCUCACCU